AGGUGCUUUCAAGGGUUACGUUAUUGCUGCUCUUUUUCAGUAUUAAUAGUAGGUAUCUAAACUUGAAGUGGAAAUAUUUUUAUUUUAUUUUUAUCUUUCGCUUUUUUUUUUUUUUACAGCGCAGGAUUAACGUCCUAGCAUCUCAAAAAAAAAAAAAAUGGGAUAAAUACUUUAACCAUCACCUCAUGUGACGUCACUGAUAAGAUAACAGCUGAUUGUAUCUAUUUUUAUGUAAGCCACUCCAUAGUCUUCUGGCUGACAUUGAAAGAUUUUGAAUAGUGUUAUCAGGGAAGGCAAUUGGUGUGGGUGUCAUCUCUUUGCAGACCCUAUUGCUGUCUCACCAUGAGGUUGUUAGAGAAUUCCAAGGAUACACCAACUGCAAUGGUUCACAAUGACAAGGAUGGAGUCGCCAAUGGAAAAUGUGAAGCUGACGACCCUCAAGCAUCAAUGGCAAGCCCUGUCAAACGCCGGAAGCAAGCUCAGAGCCAGGCCUGGGAGUGGGAGGAAGUGGAGAUCGACAUCGGUUGGGGGAACCUGCGAGGGAAGGCAAGAGGCACAGGGCCAAGGCUCAUGCUAGGUGUUCACGGCUGGCUAGAUAAUGCUAACACAUUUGACCUCAUUGCACCCAUGAUACCCGAUGAUGUGAGAUUCAUAUCGCUGGACCUCCCUGGGCAUGGUCUCUCUGACCACUUCCCUCCUGGUUUCAUUUAUGACCCAAGGGGGUAUGCAGGGGCCAUAAAGAAAGCUGUGACAGUCCUUGGUUGGAAACGCUUUAUUUACCUUGGGCACAGCAUGGGUGCAGUGGUAGGCAUCCUCUACACUUCCAUUUUCCCUGAGGACAUAGAGGCCUUUAUCUCAAUUGACAUUAUUAAGACCUGGUCACUCAAGCCAGAAAAAUAUGCUUCAGAACUGAAGAAAUACUACUUGUCCUACUUUGAUAAUGAAACGAAGUCUAAGCAGCCACCGCUGGUCUAUCAGGAGGAAGAGCUCCUGCAGAAGACCAUCGAUGGCAGUAAGUCACUCAACGAGGAAGGUGCUAAAAUUCUGCUCAAACGUGGGGCAAAGAAAGCCGAGGAUGGGAAAGGGCUGAUCUUGAGGAGGGACCUAAGGGCUAAGGCUUUCUUCAUCGGAUUCCUUCCCUUUGAUGCCUGGGUGGACAUGGCCACUUCUAUCAAGUGUCCACUACUCUUCCUGAAGGCUACAGAUGGGCACUAUUAUGAGUCCAAGGACAAGUAUGACAUUAUGCGGUCAGCCUUCAAUCAGGACUGCAAGCAUUUUUCUUACCAUGAGAUUGCAGGGAAACAUCACAUACACCUGACAAAUCAAGAUGAAGUUGGGGAAUACGUUUUAGCUUUUCUAAAGGAGUGCAUGUCCUUAAAAAUUUCCGAAGAAGCUCAGAGUUCCAGUUGAUGAAGAUAUUAGUCUGCAAGAGAUCUGUAUGUGGAAUGUCUUAUGAUUAUUUAUAUAUUUUUCUAGAUAUUUAUAUAUCUGACAUCACAGAAAAUGUGGUUGUUUAUGGAAAGAGGUUGUGCCACAUUGGUGGUCAUUAGCAGCACUGAGAGGAAGUUACAGAAUGAAUGAGGUUGAACUGCAUCUUAUGGCACCAGAAGGUCUACACAUUAUUGAAUGUAAUACUUUUUUAUUGCAUUUUACUCUUUAUGCAUAUCUUUAUCAGUUGAUCUCAAUGUGGCAUAGUGAACAGAACUCAUGCAUUAUUGUGAUUAUUUAUAAUAGGUAUAUAUUAUUUACUGAAAUGGAAACAAGGUAUUUGCUCUUUUAAUUUUAGGAAGAGGUUUCUAAUUGAAAGAAAGGAGUAUCAUCACAUACUUAUUUAUCCUUACACAGUUCUUUGUAAGUGCACACUAAAUAUAAUAUUUAACAGUCAGUUCUUAGCAUAAUAUAAAUGCACCAAAUGAUAGAAGCCAAACAUAUUGUAGUAGACAAUAUUAACGAAAUAACCAGCACCGACUUGUAUUCCAUACGUACUAUCUUUCCUCCAGCGGUGUAGAUGAGUGUUAGAGGCCAAAACACACUAUUUUAUGAAAUAUAUUUAUAGUUUGUGUGCAGUUGGUGUAGAAUGCAUCUUCUGUGAUAUUUGUUAUGUAUGUACACUGCUAAUAAAGUAGUAGUUCAGAAUGAUUUUUGUUUGAACCAGUCUAGAUUCCAGUACUUUACUCGGAUCAGUAUUUGUAACCUGUAAUUAUUUUUCUAAAGUUGUCUCUCUCAUUAUUUAUUUAAUUAAUAGAUUAAAGUUGCAAAGUUAACUUUAAAAAAAAAAUAGCUUUGAACUGCAUGGUGACAGUGGCACGAAACGAAAAUAAACUAGAACAAAUGUCAUAAAAACAUAUAACUGUAACUAGUGAAUUAUAAACUAAGGACACUUAAUUAAUUUUUGGAAAUCUAAUAACUGUCAGUUGUAGCUACUGUAGUUUACAGUUCUUGCCAAAAACUUGAUUUUCGUUCUAGAGAAUGAGAGGCAGAAAAAUAUAUUAGCCUUCUAGGAAUUGCCUUUUUAGAAUUAAUGUACCAUGUCUUCUGGGUAUAUCAGAUUUUUCUCUCUCUCAAAUAAUGAUCACAUGUAUUGUGACUCUGCUGUUCUAACAUUUUUAAUUUGUGAAAUGCAUACAACAAAGCUUUGCCAUUUCACAAAAUCACAAUGAUAGAAUAAAAAUAAAAGUAAAUUUUUGUU